GUCACGAGGUAGCCCCGCCCUAAAUCAUGCCAGGUCUUAUGGUCUGUCCGAGUCCAAGUGGGCCGUCAAUAAACUCAUGUUUACAACGUUCGCUGAGAGAAUAAAUCAGGAGAGAAGUAGAAUCAUUUUCUCAUAGACUUCUCUACAAACAGAUUUUAUUGCACAACCAGUGGGGACAGGAUUAGGACACUUCCCCUUUGUCUUUAAUCGUCAGACGCAGAGGUCGCGCCUGGUGUAACCACAUAAUCGCGUUACAUACAUACAUACAUGAGACCAGAAAUGUUUGUCCAUCCAAAACAAUAGACAGACUGACGGGUUCCUCGCCUUCCAGACCAGCAGACCUGGUUUAAGUGAAAGUCUGGCUGUAAAUAUGUCAUUUUUCACACCAUGUGGUCAUGUUUUGCCUCAGAAAGCCCCAAAAAGAAGCUUUUGUUGUUUGAAAUCUGUCCCGAGAGCGACGAUAGCUUCCUGUUUCAAAUACAGAACCCGGUCGCCUUCGCUGACCCGUGUAGAUUUUGACAUUAUUUGGAUCUGCAGCGCGUCCGUCAGUAAACAGCUUCAUUGCAUUACAGAGCUCUUUGGGUCCCUCUCCAACGGGGUUUAUGCAGUUUCUGAGCAAUUCACUUAGCGGUUGGCUCCGAAUGGCACUCUGGCGGUUUGCCCAGGACGUUAAGAUGCAGAGAAAACCCUUCGAGAUGCAGACGACCAGACAUCAGGAGAAAUGAAAAGAGGAAAAAAAAACUACUUUGUUAACCUUCUUUAGCAAAUGAUUUUCUAAACAUUCCUCAGUAGGUUUCUCAUGAGGUCCAUUAGACCUUUUAAGGGAUGCAACCAUCCGAUUUCUGUCAGUUCUGCUACGGGUAUUUGGACUCUGCGUGAUGGUCAAUGCUGAGUACUGAUCACGUUACUGGUUAAUGAGCUGUAUGUCUUACACCUCUGCUGAUCCGAGCAUUAGACCGCUGCUGCACUCCACUUUGUUCACAUUGUGUCAAGUUACCAAACCUGCCAGUCCUACUUCAAAACCUGCUUUGAAUAAUGAGUAAGCUUUUUAUAGGAUUUGCAUCUGAGAAUCUUGGCUGAAUCAUUUUUUCAUUCAAGCAUCACAGUAGUUCCAAGGUUGUAAUCUGCUGCCGGUGCUUUCCUCUGCAGAGCAGUUGACAUGGUGGCACUCUUGAGCCGGAGCUUUUCCCCACCUUUCUCCUCCUCCUCCUCCUCCCCGCUGCUUCCCUUUUGCCUUUUUAAAGAUGUGAGGGAAAGAGGCCAUCUAUUUCGAGGCCGCAAUAAUUUAGGAGGGGGCUAAUGUUUGCUGUGGCCUCAGGGGAGGCAGAUUUAGACGGCCAAUAGACUCGGUGUGUUCAGACCGGUGCAGCUGAACCCCAUCACACCCGCCCUCCUCUUCCUCUCCCUCCCUCCAUCUCUCUAUCUCUCUCUCUCUCUCUCUCUCUCUCUCCCUCCACCUCUCUCUAUUGAGUCAGUGGUUUGGGCUUGCCAGAGGCGAGCAUAAUGGUUCCCAGUGUCUGGAGAGAUUAAAGGCCAGAGCUGCAUUGUUCAAAUGCCCCGAGAUUAGUUUCCAAGGAGACGGGCCUCAGUUGCCAUGAGAACGUGGUGCCUGGUUUUUUAGCCGAGCAGCUCUUCUCUAACAGUUCCUAUCUGUUUGCCCUCCAUGCCUACAUUUCGUCAGUGGCGUUAUCUGGAGAUUGGUGGCUUUUAGUUCCUAAGCAGGAAGUUUGUGUUUGCAGUUACGCGGCGGCGCUCUGCACGUAGUGGUGGUGGUGGAAACUUAUCUCGGUCAUCUCGGGUCUGCGUCUCAUUUUCCUGUGCCAUCUGUCAAGGGGGGAAAACGCUGCAUAGUGAGGCUCAUUUGACCUCAUGCGAGCGCUCUAAUUAGCCCCCAAAUGACUAUUCUCAGGCCCUAGAAGCGCCGUUUGCUGAAUUCAGAGGGAUUUGCGUUUUAGCCGCGUUAGGGGACGUCGGCCGGUCGACAACUUUGCUCCAAACUUUGCUCCAAAUAUCUCAAACUACUGGAUACACCAGCAGCUCAAAGUUCCAACGUAUCUCAACUUCUACUGGAUGGAAGCUGCACAGACUUCCAUGGUUCACAGAUGAUGAAUCUGAAAUAGUGGGUUUGAGUGGAAAAAGCCGCUUCCAUUGGCAGCCUUCUAACAGGCGCUGCUUCCUUUGGUUGUCCAAUCCGACGUGACGACAACUGAAACACGCGUUCUUCAGAUUAAGCAGGAAAAACCAAUGCACGCUUGCAUUUGCUUAAAGUGAAACCCCGUGAUGUCAUCAGAAACUGCUUUGAAUGCAGAGGCAUGGCUCAGAUGAGGAAGCUGGCGUGCGACGGCGUCCGGACGACCUCCCGGGGCGAGCAGCUGGUGUCGGCCCGACAGGAGAUCCUCACCAGCCUGGUGUCCGCCCUCGACUCGGUGUGCAUGGCCAUGUCCAAGCUCAACGCCGAGGUGGCGUGCGUCACCGUGCACGAGGACAGCGUGAUUGCCGUCGGCACGGAGAAGGGCCGAGUGUUCCUCAACUCCAGGAGGGAAAUCCAAACGGACUUCUACAAGUUCUGCCGGGGGCCGUGUCUGCAGAGCCUGGCCGCAGCUAACGCUCAUACCAAAGACCAGGAAGGCGAUCCCGGCAAACUGAGUAAGGAUGGCGAGCACGGGAAAUCAAGAGCGCCAUCGGACGUUCAAUCCAACAUCUUUGUCCUGAGGAAGAUGGUGGAGGAAGUCUUCACUGUACUUUACAGUGAGGCCGUGGGGAAGAGCAGCCUGGUCCCCGUGCCUUACGAGUGGAUCCAGAAGGACCCCGGCUGUGUGGCGGCCCGCGGUUUGCCCGACGGAGUCGCCCUGAAGAAGCCCUCCGAGUACGACACCAAGACGCUGAUGAAGAUCCUGGAGCAGAGCCACCGCAUCCGGUUCACAGUCAAAAGGCCGGCAGAAGAUGUUCCCCGGGAAGCCAAGCCCGGCGCCGACGUCAAGCACAACUCUUCCGCCGCCGCCACGACACCAGGCAGCCACGGCGCGGGGAAGGCCGCCGCCCACGUGGUCCCGUCGCCGAGUCCUGCCUCUUCCAGCAACUCUGUCCUGUCCAACUUUCUCUACGGCAUGCCCAUGUCCUCCAAGCCCCACCCGGACGGCAAGCUGGAUUUCAAGCCCAUGUCCCUCCUCAAGCUGGGCAAGGACCGGCUGGCCAACUGGACCGCGGGGACGGACAAGACGAGCACGUCCGCCAACGACUGCGCGGCGAACGAGGAUUCCACAAGACCACCCGGGGAUCAGGGUCAGAGCCCUCCUGGCAUCCACAUCUCCAAGAGGCUGCUCUUCUCCAUAGUGCACGAAAGAUCAGAAAAAUGGGACUCUUUCAUUCGGGAAACUGAAGACAUCAACACGUUGAGGGAAUGCGUUCAGAUCCUGUUCAACAGCAGAUACGCCGAGGCUCUGGGUCUGGAUCACAUGGUGCCUGUCCCCUACCGUAAAAUCGCCUGCGACCCAGGGGCCGUGGAGAUCAUCGGCAUCCCGGACCAGAUCCCCUUCAAGAGACCCUGCACCUACGGGGUCCCCAAGCUGAAGCGCAUCCUGGACGAGCGCCACGGGAUCCGCUUCAUCGUCAAACGAAUGUUUGAUGAAAGGAUUUUCACCGCCGCUGGCAAGAUGGCGAGGGAGGAGGGCAAGCACGACCCGGGCUCCGUGCCCGAAGACGGCUUUCUGGACAACCUGUGCACGCCGCCCGCCGCCGCCGAGCCGCUGGGCAACGCUCACAGCAGCAGAUCAGCGAGUGCGUGCGUGAGUCCCCUGGCUGACUGUGAAGCAGGUCCUUCAGUAGAUUGCAUUCCUCUAAAAAGGAUUAAAACGGAGCCUCCAGAUGGGGACAUCAUUCAAGUCACCGUGCCAGAGGCCGGCCCGGUCGGGGAGGAGUCCAGCGAGUCCACGGCCGAGCCGCUCGCGGCCGCAGCGUGUCCAGCCGCCGCCUCCCCCGCCGCACCGGCUCCGCCCGCCGCAUCGGCUGCACCGGCUCCACAUCCCCCGAUGGAAAACCACGCAGCUGAAGCUCUGUCGCCGUGCGCUGCGUCUCAGAGCCUCAGACGCUCCUCUGAAGCAGGGAGUCUGGUGGAGGACAUUGGUGAAAUGAUUCUUCAGCUCCGGAGACAAGUGGAGAGCCUCUUCAGCAUCAAGUAUGCCGACGCGCUGGGCCUGCCCGAACCGGCCACGGUGCCCUACUCCAAGUUCCAGAUGUACCCGGAGGACCUGUACGUCAGCGGGCUGCCCGACGGCAUCUCCAUCCGCCGGCCCAACUGCUUCGGAGCGGCCAAGCUGCGCAAGAUCUUAGCCGCCCGCGCGCACAUCCAGUUCGUCAUCAAAAGGCCCGAGCUGCUGACUGAACAAGUGAGACUGGAGAUGCCUUCAAUGCCCAUCUGUGACCCAGAGCCGGACGCCGCCGCGGAUCCAGUGACGGAGGAAGGCGCCGCCGCGUCCAAGAGACCCGCUUUCUCAGAGUGCCUGGAGUCCAAGCUGUCCAGGAUCGACUUGGCCAACACGCUGCGCGAGCAGGUCCAGGACCUGUUCAACAGGAAGUACGGCGAGGCGUUGGGCAUCAAGUACCCGGUCCAAGUGCCUUACAAGCGGAUCAAGAACAACCCGGACUCGGUGCUCAUCGAGGGUCUCCCCCCUGGCAUCCCCUUCAGGAAGCCCUGCACCUUCGGCUCCCAGAACCUGGAGCGGAUCCUGGCGGUCGCCGACAAAAUCAACUUCACCAUCACCAGACCGUUUCAAGGACUCAUUCCAAAACCAGCGCCCCGACGCGUCACUUUACUGAAGAAGGCCUACGCCUCGAUAAGCGACGAGGACGACAUCAACCGCAUGGGGGAGAAGGUGGUCCUUCGGGAGCAAGUCAAGGAGCUGUUCAACAAGAAAUACGGUGAGGCUCUGGGCCUGGACCGCUCCGUCGCCGUCCCCUACAAGCUGAUCCGCGGCAGCCCGGAGUCGCUGGAGGUCGGCGGCCUGCCGGACGACGUCGCCUUCCGGAACCCGAACGCCUACGACGCGGCGUGCCUGGAGAAGAUCCUGCAGGCGGCGGACAAAGUGACGUUCGAGGUCAAGAGCCAGCUGCAACCUUUUGCAGAGAUCUGCAGCCAGGCGUGUAACACGGCAGCAACAGACGCCUCCACCAAUCGACGGAAGCGCAAGAGAGUCCAAGAGAGCAACCGGGUCCCCGCCUCCUCCGACCUGUCGACCAAUCAGAUCCCAGUGAUGCAGUGGCCCAUGUACAUGGUGGACUACAGCGGGGUGAACGUGCAGGUUCCCGGCAAAGUGAACUACUGAAGGACGGACCUGGGCCGCGGCGGAAAGGGGAGGAGUCUGCCAGGGCGCCGUUCACGCCUCUUCCACACCGACGCUUUGUCAGAGACUCAAACGGACGUGACGAUCAACAGAAUGUACUCGGAUCAAAAGCGCGGCUUGUUUUGUGUGUCGGCGCCGCCAGGAGGGCCGUCCUUCUCCCUCCGAGGCGGAUCGCGACGCUGACGUUGUUUUGUUUGUUUUUCCGUGAAGACGAAGACGUCGCUGACGUGUUUGUCACGUCGCUGUAUCCGGCAUUUGGCUGCAAUGUAUUACUGACACACACACACACACACACACACACACA